CUUCUCUGACAAUGCCCAAGUUUAAGAAGUUUCGUGGUGUUAGGCAGCGCCAUUGGGGCUCUUGGGUUUCUGAAAUUCGUCACCCAUUACUGAAGAGGCGGAUUUGGUUGGGGACGUUUGAGACGGCGGAGGAAGCGGCAAGAGCGUAUGAUCAAGCUGCGAUUUUGAUGAGCGGACGUAAUGCCAAAACCAAUUUUCCGACGACCCAUGACACCAACAUUACUACAACCAAGGAUUCCCCCAAGGGGUUGUCUGAAAUAUUGCAAGCUAAGCUCAAGAAAUGCUGUCGGACUCCAUCGCCGUCCAUGACAUGUUUGAGGCUCGACACUGAGAAUUCCAACAUUGGCGUGUGGCAGAAACGUGCUGGGCCUCGGUCGGCAUCUAGCUGGGUCAUGACUGUUGAGCUUGGAAAUAAGAAGAGCCAUAACAACGAGGAUGAUUCUCUGAUGGGUGUGGUUGUGGCUGAUCAAUCUCCGGUGGCGGCGGAAGUGGCGGAGAUUCCAUCGGAGUUGGAUGAAGAAGAGAGAAUGGUAGCUUUGCAAAUGGUGGAGGAACUGCUUCAUAUCAGCUAUGAUGAACCAAACCAAAUGUUUGAGAUUCAACAGGGGAAGGAUGUUUAUCUUUAGUUUGUAACCAAAUUGCUAAUAUCAACUUAUGUUGUUAAUUAAGUUGUAAUAUUUUAAAACGUGCAUUAUGCACUAUAAAAAAAACAAAAACCUAUAUAAUAUCGAUGAAACUGUCAUAAUCUAUCUGACAGUUUUAUAUCGUUAGAUUAAAAAAAA